UCCCUUUCCCUCCUCGCCCUCAAACUUCGAAAUCGGUGAAUAUAAAAUGAGCAAAUCAUGCACCACAGGCAUCGCUUCUCUCGGCAUUCAACAAUGAAGGCUUUUGUGUCCGCCAUUGCUGUACUCCUCCUGUCCACGGCUGCCCUGGCGGAGGAGGAGAAGAAAGAAAAAGUCGAAGGCCGUGGUCUUGUUGGCGGAGGUUGUUCCUGUCCCUGCGCAGGCGGUAGCUAUGGAUCCAGCUUCGGAACAGGGUAUGGCACAGGUGCUGGGUACGGCAAAGGUGCUGGGUAUGGCGCAGGUGUUGGGUCCGGCGCAGGUGUUGGACUCGGCACAGGUGUUGGACUAGGCACAGGUGUUGGACUCGGAGGAGCCGGAGGAGUCGGAGGAGUCGGUGUUAAGCCUCUUGUUGGAGGUGCUGGAGGAGUCGGAGCUGUCGGCGUGAAGCCUGUUGUUGGAGGUGCUGGACUCGCUGGAGGACUUGCUGGUGCUGGUGCUCCAUUGGUCGCUGGAUCUGGCCUUGGCGUCGGUGGCGGUUACGGUGGUGGGCUUGGCCAUGGAGUCGGUGGCGGUUACGGUGGUGGGCUUGGCCAUGGAGUCGGAGGUUUUGGAGGAGGAUCUUCUGGUUUCUCUGGAUUCCAGCAAGGAGGCGGCUUCAAGCAGGGCUCUGGGGCUCAAGGAGCCCACCAAGGAAACUUCGCGUACAACACGGGCGAAUCUAGCAAUAAGGCUUACGGACACAGCGAUGCGUACGGUGACAAGAAGAGCUUCGGCUUGAGCUCGAGCGAAGGCUUCAACAGAGCUGAAGGACAGGGAAGUCACGGAAGCAGCUUCAACAAGGCUGCCGGCGGUUCGGGCGCUUCCAGUCACAGCUCUGGACAAUCCACAAAGGUUUUAGGAGGAGGAUUACCAGUAAUCCCAAAGCGGGACGCACAUAGUGACGUCCCGUUGGGGAGGCUGGUUGAAGUCUAUGACGACCAAGGUAGUGAUGUUCAUCCCGUCGAUGAAACUAUACCACACAUGCAGCAGAAGACGUGGAGAAACACCUUUGAUUCCUCCUCCGUUGCUCGUCGAUCUCUUCCACCGGCCGACUCGGUCAUGGCAAGCAAAGUUACCCUCGCUGUCGUGCUCUUUGCAUUGUUCGCCCUCACCUACGCUGAGGAACCAGCAAAGGACGUUGCUGAGAAACCAGCAAAGGAAGCAGCCAAACCAGAGGAAGGCAAAAAGGAUGAUGUAGAGGGUCGCAUUGGAUUCGGUGGCUACGGUGGCCUUGGGGGCGGCAGCUCCUUCGGAUCCGGCUUCAACCGUCAAGGGUUCAACACCAACCGCGGUGGAUACAAUCAGGGCAGCGGAGGAUUCCAGCGCGAUAACCGCUACAACAACGUUCAGGGAUUCAGGAACCGCGACGGCUACAGAACGAACCAGGGUUUCGACGUAAGCGAUUUCAACCGUUAUGGAUCUGGAGGAUCUCGCUUCAACACUGGCUACAACCAAGGAGCUGGUGGCGGAUACAACCAAUACGGGCAGCAGGGCGGAUUCCUCGGCUAAUUAGCCAUGAAGUGACCAAAAAUUCCAGGGAAGACAACCCGGACGCCACCCGGACGACAUGAUUUACAUUUCACCGACACAGUCAUUUUUGGAAACAUCUGUUACAGAAUUUGUAAAUAAUGCUGCCAGCUAAAUAAAUAUUUAUUAGUAGAAACAAA